AUAACCAUCUCGAGACGCCGGUCGUCAAUCUCUGUAUGCGUAUUGGACGCUGAGGAGGAAAGCAGGCUGUUUCUUGGAGGGAAAUCAAAGGGCAGCUGAGCCCCCUUGUAGGCCUUCUCUCGGAAACCUAGACUGCUCGAACAAUCGUACACAAACGGCAAAAUGGUGAACAAGGUGCUUCUGACCUACGCGGUCUUCGACUUCAUCUUUGUCGCCAUGGGCAUCGUCAUUAUCGUCUUUUCAACUACCGUCCAGAAAUUCCAAUUCGAGGUGCCGACGGAUGGAAAGCAGGCGGCCAGAAACCUUUUAUACCAGAGGUUUCCUUUCACAGCGGCCAUCAUAAAUUCGGUUGGCAUCUUCAUCACUUUUGUGAUCACCGUCCCGGGCCUCAUUACCCCAGUCCGCAGCUGGCUCAAGGUUGGGGCUUAUCUAACAACAGUCAAUGCCAUCUUCACCUUGGUCAUCGGUCUGUACCUGUGGAUACAGACACUGAGGACGAAGGGGGACUUUGCGCCGAUUUGGGGCAACCAGACGGCGGCCGUUCAGGACUUGAUGCAAGCAGCCUUCCAAUGCUGCGGCUACUUUAAUAGCACAUCGCCGGCCUUCGUGACGAACCCGACGUGCCAAAGCCCCGCAUCUGCGGCGCUCAUGCGCGGGUGCGCAACGCCCAUCACGUCCUUCGCCAACAUCUUUGUCGACGACAUCUUUACGUCUCUGUUUGGCAUGGUUGGUAUUGACGUUGCCUUCGUUGUGGCCACCGCCUGCCUGUUGAAGCAACGUAAGGAGCGGGAGCGAUUCCGCCACAUAGACGAGAAGAGCGGCGCUCUGCGUGGAUUUUAACCGCCGCCACCACCAAAGCUCGCCAGAAAUCGACAAAUUCAGAUCUUGUCUCUCAUGGGCUGGUUGUAUAGACCUGUGCCAUUAACUUAUCGCGCGCAAUUCUUGGGCGAUUUCCUGGCGGGGAAGAGAAACAAUUCGAAUAUAGUGUCUACGUUAGUAGGCAGAAGCGCUGGCUGGUAUGGCAAGUCUUUUCAAUCGUCAGUUGGCUUGUGGGCGAGAGAGUGGAAGGAGAGGACGAG